AUGAACAGUGAUAGUAUUGGAAUCUAUAUAGGCUCAAAGAUAUCUCUCAUUAGCGUGAGUGAAAUUCGUUAUGUCGGUUUUCUGCAUGACAUGAAUACUGUAGAUUCAACUUUGUCAUUAUGGAAUGUACAAUCAUUUGGUACAGAAGGUCGUAAAGGAAAUGAUCCUAAUAAAGAAAUAGAUCCAUUUAAUCAUAUCUUUGGUUAUAUUCUAUUUCAUCAAAAAAAUAUCAAAGACAUUCAAGUCUUGGAAGCUCCUCCUUCCCAGUUUGGAUUGAUUUAUUUAUUCUUUAAACAUGUUGACUAUAAUGCACCCUAUUAUUAUUUACAACAAGCAUAUAACAUUGGCUUAUAUGGGGAUAAUAACCAUUUUCUCCCAUAUAUUGAUAACUAUCAUCCAUUGCUUUGUAAUAAUAAUUAUCCUACACUAGUCAAUAACAAUAUGCUACAACACCAAUACUAUUCUCUUCCUACUAGUACAAAUUCACUUGGGGAUCAUCAACUGCAAUUACAACACACUCACUCUAAUAUUGAAGAUAUAUCUACUCAAGACGAGAAGAAAAAUGAAGUAAUAAGAAAUGAAGAGGAAUCAGAAACAAAAGUAAAAGAGACAAUUAUAGAUUCAUUAGUUAAGCAGGUUUCAGAUUUAGAAUUUAAAGAAGUAAUCCCUCAAAAUGAAUCAAAAAAGACCCCUUGUCAAGGAAAUAUAAAUGGUAUUAAAACAGAGAUAAAGGAAACGGGUAAAAGGGAGUCAUUAGGAAAAGUGGACGCUAUAAGAUUUAGUCAUUAUAAAAAAAGUACGCUUGUAGUUCCAAAUGUUGAUUUUGAUUUUGCUUCUGCAAAUGAUAAAUUUGUUAGGGAAAAUUUAUUACAAACAAAUGAUCAAGGAUUUAUUGCGAGAAAAAGCAGUAAGGCUGAACUCUUUUAUGACAAAGUAUGGGUUAUGGUUGAUGCGUAUAAUAAAAAAAGGAGUUUUUUUGAUGAUAUUUCUUGUGAUACAAAAGAGAAAUAUAAAAAGGGCCAAAAGCGUUAUUAUUAUCAUCGUAAAUCAUUGUAUUGCAACAUGAUUUAUUUAAAUGGGUGUUAUUUUCGAAGUUAUGUGGAUGUUGCAUAA